AGGGCUAAUUUGAGUGUGUUUCCUUUGACACCCAGGAAGAGGAAGUGAGAGGUGCAAGACGAGUCAGGCUAAUGGAAGCGUUGAAGCUCUAUGGAACAAUAUGGUCCCAGCCAUUGUUGAAGCACCUCAUUCGCUUAGCUUCUUCCUCUUCCACAAUCACCGCUCUCACUCCCAAAACUUAUUGUUCUACCCUUUUCCUUCGCCGCUGUUCUUCCACCGCAAUCUCCACUGGUGGAGACGGAAAGGUUAAGCUCUCCGGACGCAACCGUCGUUCUUCAUCCUCCAAUGCAUCGUCCCCAUCUUCUACGUCUGAUCGGGAGGCGGUUCGUGCAAUCCGCUUAAAGAAGGUUGAAGAAUUGAGGAGCAGAGGCUUGGAACCUUAUGCGUAUGAGUGGGACAGGUCACAUACUGCUGCUCAGCUUCAAGAGUUAUAUAAACAUCUAGGCAAUGGUGAAGAGUCUAAUAGCGACACUGACUGCGUGUCAAUAGCUGGAAGAAUUGUGGCUCGCAGAGCGUUUGGAAAACUUGCAUUUCUGACAUUAAGAGAUGAUUCCGGUACAAUUCAGCUUUACUGUGAGAAGGAAAGGCUCAUAAACGAUCAGUUUGAUCAGCUAAAAAAUAUUGUUGAUAUUGGUGAUAUUCUUGGUGCUCGAGGUUCAAUUAAGCGAACUGAGAAAGGGGAACUUUCUGUUUGUGUGAAUUCUUUUGCAAUCCUGACGAAGUCAUUACUUCCACUUCCUGACAAAUAUCAUGGUUUAACUGAUGUUGAUAAGCGCUACCGCCAACGAUACAUAGAUAUGAUUGCAAAUCCCGAAGUAGCAGAUACAUUCCGGAAAAGAGCAAAGAUAAUAUCAGAGAUCCGGAAGACUGUGGAAUCAUUAGGUUUUGUCGAAGUCGAGACUCCAGUCCUACAGGGAGCAGCUGGGGGAGCAGAAGCAAGGCCUUUUGUUACAUACCACAAUUCCCUUGGGAGGGAUCUGUAUUUAAGAAUAGCUACUGAGCUCCACUUGAAGAGAAUGCUAGUUGGUGGUUUUGAGAAAGUAUAUGAAAUUGGACGCAUAUUCAGAAAUGAAGGAAUUUCAACUCGUCAUAAUCCUGAAUUUACUUCUAUUGAGAUAUAUGAAGCAUAUUCAGAUUAUCAGAGUAUGAUGAACAUGGCUGAAGAAAUUGUUACUCGUUGUGCUUUUGCCAUUCAUGGGAAACUUUCUAUUGAUUACCAGGGAGUUGAAAUAUGCCUGGAAAGGCCUUGGAGGAGAGAAACAAUGCACAACCUUGUCAAAGAAACCACUGGGAUUGAUUUAAAUGAGUUUAGAAAUGACCUUAAAGUUGCCAAAGAAGUUGCUUUGAAGACCAUUGGGGAUACACUUGAUAAUAAGGACAAAACUUCUAUUGGAGCUAGCCAAUCAAUUGGGCACCUUCUGUCUGAGAUUUUUGAGCUUAUUGUAGAACCGAAGCUCCUUCAACCCACAUUUGUUCUGGAUUAUCCGGUUGAGAUAUCUCCUCUGGCUAAACCUCAUAGAAGACAUGCAGGGUUGACAGAAAGGUUCGAACUUUUCAUUUGUGGUCGUGAGCUGGCCAAUGCAUUUUCUGAAUUGACCGAUCCUAUUGAUCAGAGAGGACGAUUUGAAGAGCAGAUUAGGCAACACAAUGAGAAGCGUGAUGCAGCUGUUUCUGGACCAGACUCCGUAGGUGGCAAUCACAAAAAAGACGAGGAUAACUCUUAUGAAGUGACACUUGAUGAUGACUUUCUUACAGCUCUGGAGUAUGGAAUGCCACCUGCUUCGGGACUGGGGAUUGGAAUUGACAGAUUAGUAAUGCUUCUGACAAAUUCUGCAAGCAUUCGAGAUGUAAUUGCUUUUCCAGUGCUUAAAAUUCAGCAGUAAUGUCAGGACAAGUGGCCUGGGAGAGUCUCAAUGUCUGUACCUAAAUUCCAAGUUUUGUUGGCUAGCAGGAGCAGUUAUUAAAAGGCCUUUCAAGUUUAUGCAUCUGGCUGUGCUACUUGAGGCCUGCCGUCCAGUUCUAUUAGUUAUUUAUUGUUGUAAAAUUUCCCUUUAGGUUCUUUAAUGUAUCGUUAUGACAAGGGCGUUAAGCAUGGAUUGAAUUGAGAUUAGAAAUAACAGAACUGAUGUAGGAAUAAAUUCUUGUUAUUUAAAAGCUCUAGAUGAUUGGGGGUGGACGAAUUGGACUUCAACGAGGACUGCUACAUCUGAUUGACAAUAUCUUUCUGGAACUUAUUGCAUGUAACCUAGUCAGAAUUUACUUAUUUUUAAUUGUUGGAUUGAA